GACAGAUUCUAAUGAGAUAAUGACGAUCAAAAUGCAAAUACAAGUUCAGAAAUCAAGGUGUUUUCCUAAGGAUAGCAGGGCAUCAGGGUGUCGAUGAGAGUUGACUCCUUGCUGAUGGCUGCGACCUGAUUUCCAAAUCGCAGCACCAUCGAUACUGGUAGAGAUCAAACGAGACUCACUUGGCAAAGAGCAUCUCAUGUCUCACUUCAUUGAGAUCUUAUGUCCAGGUAUCCUUUUACUCACACGAGUGUCACUUCCAGCUCUAAUCUUGUCACUCUUCACACCUCGCCCACCUUCCCAACUUCACCACUAAACUCAAACCUCAUCUUUCUCUAGACAACAGCAGAAGAAACUCCUCUGGCUUCGAUCUGGGCCCACGCAUCACCUUGAUUGGCACUGGUGCCUGGCCAAUAUCAAAAUGAGUACAGUGAACUCGGGUCUUCGGAAGCGUGCCGCAAGUGCAACACCGCAAAAGGCGAGACAUAUCUGGAAGAACGUUGUUGAUCUCACAGAUGAUCCCUGGGCUGUCAACUCAACGGCUCCGACGCGCGACAAGCCAACGCCAUUGUCACCAUCCUUCAAUCCCAAGCCCACUCUGAUUGUCGCCCCUCAAGACGUCAAAUCGAGUCCGGCCUACAUCUUUCAGCAACUCGCUUUGGCUAAGAAUAGGGCCAACGUCCGACCGUCCUUUUCCAGCACGGUACAGCUUGACGAUGAUUAUGGUGAUGACACUUCCGAGGCGGAGUCCAAUGACAAAGAGAAUACUCCAACUCCUAAACAGUCAAGAAGCAAGGACAAGUCGAAGCAGGUGUCAAUUCCGGACAAGGAGAAGACCAUAGCUCAGGAAGAUCAUGGCAAAAAGGGGCCAAAAGAAGCAAAGCUCAAGAGCAAAUCCCAGAAUAAGAAGGAAAAGAGCAAGCCUGCUGCAGCAGAGGGGAACAAGAAUUCAAUCGAGAGUCCCAACAAGAAGUCAGGAAAGGAAAAGACCAUGUCACGGCCUGAGACAGAAAACCAAGAAGAGCAUAAAAAGAGUCGCAAAGAAGUCAAGCAAGAAAAUCUGGAUAAUGGAGGAGGCAAAUCCAGGAAACGCAAGCGCAACUCAGACGAUGAUGACUCCAAGACAGCCGAGGCCACUGCUAUUGCGAAACUCCGACAGAGCCUUCCGACCAACCGCAUAAACCGUGUGGCAAAACAGCUCAAGCAGGAGAUUGGUUGUGAUCCUACCGAGUUAACCGUGUUGCUUACUACGGCGGGAGACACAAUCAUCGACCUCGCCAGACAGCAAGUGAGGCAAACCGAACAGUCGUACCAGACCAUACAAGCCGAAUUGCUUAGGAUGCUGAAGGAGCAGAAGGAAAGAUUGGAUACCUUGGAAACUCGAACUGCUUUCACAGUAGGGGACGAUGAAGAGAGCCUUGAAACGGAUGAUGAGCAGGGCCCGAGGCACAACCCCAAGAAGACACGCGGACGUCAACCCAGUGCCAUCCCCCAAUCGACGCGCCGCCGCGCUUCCACUGUUGGUCCUUUUGCUCCUGAUGGAGAGCCUCCUCGGGCCUUCUGAAUGUGCAAACCAAAUGCAGUAAGGAGCAUCACCUGUGGAGGGUAUCAUGAGGACUGCUCGGUCGCUGUCAAAGCAUUGUCACAUUGAGUCGAUGCAGAACCUCGAGAAGGCGUCGACCACAUGUACAGGGAGCUGAAAGAGGGAAGACCUGGCGCACACGGAGUGAUGUCCGACGUUGUCCAGGGGUCAGCGUGAAGAAGGCAUAACACCGGUGUAUGCAAUUGGGCAAAGGCCGAGUAUGAUUCUGUGGGGGUAUCAUGCAGAACAAUGUGCAUUAGUUUGGAGCAUCCCUCACUCUUCUCCUCUUCAGAUUACCUAGAACGGUUAGAUCUGGGCGCGAUGUUCGAGGCAUUCCUUUCGUCCAGGACUCUGAAGCCUUCCAUUGACCAUUUUUAACAUGACUAUUGUGGCUUCCCCGCACCCAGCAAAAGGACAUGGGGUAUUUUAGGUCUCUAUCAAAUUCACUUCGUGAC